AUGAGCUCCAGACGAUUUUCAGCUGAAGAAGUAUUAUCGCAGCUUAUGAACUGGGAUAGUGAUGUAGAGGAAGAGAUUUCAGAGACAGAGGAUCCUUCAGAGCCAGAGGACAAUGCUAUUGAUGAUCCAGAUUAUCAAUUUUCCCACGAUGAGGAGGAUUCAGAGGACGAGUCUGCCGGUUUCCGUUCUUCAGAUGAAAAACAAGAAACGUCAUCCACAGAGGGGACAUGGACAUCUAAAGAUGGUAAAGUAAAAUGGUCAACAUCACCACACCAAAGCCGAGGCAGAUUGUCAUCGUCUAAUGUCAUCAAAAUGACUCCUGGUCCGACAAGAUUUGCUGUCACAAGAGUUGAUGAUAUUGAAUCAGCAUUUCAGCUCUUUAUAUCCCCACCCAUAGAGAAGAUAAUCCUCAACAUGACCAACUUGGAGGGGAGGCGUGUCUUUCAAGAAAAAUGGAAGCCACUGGAUCCAACUGACUUGCAUGCUUACAUUGGAAUUCUGGUGUUAGCUGGAGUAUACAGGUCAAAGGGUGAAGCAACUGCAAGUUUAUGGGAUGAAGAGAAUGGAAGGCCAAUCUUCCGAGCAACAAUGUCUUUGGAGACAUUUCACAUGAUCUCUCGUGUGAUCCGAUUUGACAACCGUGACACCAGAGCUGGUCGACGCGAGAGAGACAAACUUGCAGCGAUCAGAGAUGUCUGGGAUAAAUGGGUCGAAAUCCUGCCUUUACUGUAUAAUCCUGGCCCCCAUGUUACUGUCGAUGAGCGCCUUGUUCCAUUCAGAGGACGCUGUCCUUUCCGACAGUAUAUACCAAGCAAGCCUGCAAAAUAUGGCAUCAAAAUAUGGGCAGCCUGUGAUGCAAAAUCCAGUUAUGCAUGGAACCUGCAGGUAUACACUGGAAAGCCACCUGGAGGAGCACCUGAGAAGAAUCAGGGAAUGCGUGUGGUAUUGGAGAUGACUGAAGGGCUGCAAGGUCAUAACAUCACAUGUGACAACUUCUUUACAUCCUACCGUCUUGGAGAUGAACUUCAGGAGAGAAAGCUGACUAUGUUGGGAACAGUCAGAAAAAAUAAACCAGAACUUCCCAGUGAGAUUUUGAAGAUGCAAGGAAGACCUCUGCAUUCCUCAAAAUUUGCUUUCACAGAGAAAACAACACUUGUUUCUUACUGCCCAAAGAGAAACAAGAAUGUUCUUGUGAUGAGCACAAUGCACAAAGAUGCAUCUCUGAGCACAAGAGAGGACAUGAAGCCACAAAUGAUCCUGGAUUACAACGCCACCAAAGGAGGAGUUGACAAUCUUGACAAAGUCACAGCAACAUAUAGCUGCCAGCGCAAGACUGCCCGUUGGCCCUUGGUGGUUUUCUACAACAUUGUGGAUGUGUCUGCUUACAAUGCCUAUGUGCUGUGGAUUGAGAUCAACCAGCAGUGGAAUGCCAGCAAACUGUACCGACGUCGACUUUUCCUGGAAGAACUAGGCAAAGCACUCGUCACUCCCAAGAUCCAGAACCGGGCCAGGCCAGCUCGAGCUCCAGCAGCUGCAGCUGUCAUCACAAAGGUCCAGGGCAAGGCAUCUGACCAACCCACAAUGGAUCCUUUGGAUACAGGUGCAAAGAAACGUAAAAGAUGCCAAGUCUGUCCCUCCCGAGAUGACAGUAAAACAAGUACCUGUUGUGUGAGGUGCAAGAAGUACAUCUGCAGAAAGCACACAGUCACAUUCUGUCCAUCAUGUGGGGAACACUAA